AUGGCGGACAUCAUGUCGGCGUCGCGCGCGCAGGGCUUGCGCGUGUGCCUUCGCACGGCCGGCCCUUUCUUCCGCGUCACGGCCACCCGCGAUGAGGGGGAGGACGCCGUGGAGCUUGGCCGCGCCGAGGGUGGCGUCCGGCCGUGGCCUGGCGGCGCCGUGCUGCACCUUGACUCCAUGCGCAUGACGCGCGCCACGCUGAGCGUCCCGGACCGGCCACUGUUCGGGCUGGGGAUGUUCCUCGGCGCCGUCGCCGUGCGGCACGGCUUCGACGCCGGUUGCAGGCGCGCCGAGCUGCUCGCCAUCAACGACACGCCGUUCUACCACGACAAGCUCGUUAGAUUUUACACAAGGAUGGGUUUCAAAGCAGUUCAUGAGGUUGAUGGAUCAUCAAUCAGUGAUCUUGGUCACAUGUUGGUGUGGGGAGGUAGGGGUACAAGAAUGGAUGCUAAUAUUGAAGAGCUCCUUAUUAAGUGGGGAAAAAGAUUCAGACCACAAGAUUAA